AUCAUCCCCAUACUAUUUCAUACCAUAACAACCCUUGAACUCGUCGUUAAAGACUCUCCUCUACACACCCUGCAUCACUCACUAACUCUGUUUACUCUAUGCUAUGUGCGGUGAUUUCAUUUCCACCGUUUCACUGUACAGAAACUACUUAACUUAUCCCGUGCGUGCCGGACGCCUUUGUGUUGCACAUUCCAUGGCAGAAAGUCUGAACACUAUGGUUGGCUCCCUUGCCUUUCUCCUCACCACUUGGCGUUUCUGGGGUCUCUACCACUCUCCCAUCCCCGUCCAAGUCUGACAAGUCUCUCCCAAUCCCCAGGCACUCGUGUCACGUCGCGCGGAAUGAAGUACUAACAGGUGAUAGAGCAGCCUCGAUUCACAUUCAGGACUGGAGGCUCAUCCUGAUGAUCAGUCACUUCUGACCCAUCCUUUCUGCCAAAAACAACGGCCCCUAGUGUCGUGAAUGCGGCAAGGAAGAAAUGGGGAUUUUCUGGGGCUACUGCCAGACCAGCGCGCGGCACAGUAGGGUUGCUUAUUCCAAGGAUGCAGCGGCACGGAACAGAGGCUGUCACCCCUACCUCCAUUCCGGCGCAUGUGCUACGCUACACUGAAAUGCUCCGCACACACAUGCGAAUAAUAUGCCAUGAAAUGUUGGAUCCUCAUCUUCCUUGGCCCCUUUCCCAUCACAAGCAAGCCUGUUGUGUCCGAGCCAACGUGGAGUAUAUCUCCUCUCUGCGCACUGUCAUCCCCAGCAUAACCAUAUUGCCAAUAUUGAGCUAUCUCUGGAAUCUCACCAACCUACGUCCCCAAACAGAGUCCCCUACCCACCAACAUCCCCAGACUUGGUCAAGCCAAGCAAGUCAUCCAAUCCUGCCCAUGCGAGCAAAAUGAUCGACCACCACUUCUUUCCGGCUCCACUUUCCUGCUUUUGGACCCUGAUGAGCGACUUGACACACUCCAGUUCCUCAGAUCACAUGACUGAUAUCUCAAUUCCUUUGUCUCUUCUUGUCUCUCAUCCUAUCUCUAUGCUGGAGCAGCAAGGGAUAAUGGGUUAUUAUGCGCCGCUUAUUAUUAUUGCAAAGCCGCGCUCGCAGGAUAUCUUUCUAUGGUUUCCACAACGGUCACUUCGUGAUCUCAAAAGCAUAUGGCCAAAGCCUGAGGCAAAUGAGAAUAGCUAUUUUUAUUCCGCAUGGACAAUCUCUCAGGUUCAAUUGUUCGCUUCUUGCUCUGCCUGCCGGUUGCAAAGAGAUUUCCUCUCUUUGUCCUUGGAUAUGUCUUUAUUGUUCAACUGCCGCAUGCGGCUACGCGUAGGAGAUCUCAUAUUUUACUUGAUGGCAGUCAUGGCCAUGCGUUACAUUCGUUCUGCCAUCUUCGUUUUGUUCAUACAUUUACAAAACUCGAAUUUCAAACUUAUUCUCCCUGACGACGGCCCUCGCCAUGGCUUCUUACCAAGAUAUAAAUAAUUAUAUGGUCAACUCGCGUAACCAGAAUGCAGUAAAUCAUGUACUUGCGUAUAUGGAACGUACGGCCCUUGAAAACGUCGACGCCUCAAUUUUUGACAGAUUGGCAAACCUUCCAUGUGGACCCCCCUUUAGAGAGUCUGUUCUCGAUCGAGCCUUGGGCUUCUUGCGUGUCCAGUAUGAUGAAGAGAGCGAUUCCCCGUGGGCUGUCGCACUAAACCCCUGGGAAUGCCGACUGCUAAAUUAUACAACUGGAUCAUCGUUUACCAAAGUCUUCUGCACCAAGCUCUACAUCCCGUUCGAUGGGUGUUAUGACAAUACUCGAAAUGUUGGGCGACUAGACAACUUCCUUACCACCUUCAGCGGCCUCGCAGCUCGAGUGGCAAGCGGUCGGGCGGACAGGGGGGCGAUUAACCCGUGGCAUAUCAAGGAACUGGUAUUUUAUCAGGAUCCUCUAUUCUCCAGUGCGGAUGUUGGAUCAGUUCGUGACCUUUCACGAGCUAAAUCUAUCCGGCACUUCCUGAAACGCCUCGACGAGGAUCAGAAGGGGGGAUUGUUGCCGACGGUGACUCCAAAAAGGGUCAAGGCCUAUGCGAAGAUUUGCACCGAAGGUCACCUGGAAGAAAUGGAUCUGCUCUUUAGAUAUGAUCCCAACAAAGUCUGUUUGAUGUGGCUCAGAAUUAUCGAAUUGUUCAGAUUUGUGCCAAACCUCGAGGUGUUCAAGUGGCAAUCUAAUGCCCGAAUCGUGGAACCCUUCCUUAAUGCCAUUUCCCACUAUUGCAAGAAGCUUAAGGUCCUGGACCUUGAACUCCACAAUGGGUUUGAUGACAACUCGUAUAUGCUUAAUGCAUGGAAUAGGUUCUAUACGAGCAAGACUACCGGCAGAUUGUACCAAUCACACCAGAUAUUAGAGGAGGAGCCGACGAAACACAUAUGUGAAUAUAUCGCGAGAGAUCCAAAGGAUAGGGCGCCAGAAGAACUCCCUACGCAGUGUCACAUCAAUCUCAAACUUAUUAUCAAGAUGGAGCGUGAUGUACAAUCUAUCAUUGAGACGGUCGGGAAAUUUACCCGGCAUGUCCAAUCGUUGUACAUCGACCGUUCCAAAUCCCAUGUGUUUCUGGACGACAACAGAAAGAGAGAGCAUGGACGGCCGUAUGAGAAAUCCUGGUUCCACCUACCAUUUGGCGUUACAAGCCUGACCCUUAUAGCCACUGACGCAACCAUACACAACUGCGUCAUGGGAGCCAUAAUACCAGCUUCGAUUGAGAGUCUUGAAAUCAAAGAUUGCCAGUCCCUCGAUGGCGUCUACCUCCCAAUCCUUACCGGUCUAAACCGGCUUCGGAAAUUUAAAAUCUCCUUCCCGCCGCUCGACGAGGCCAAGGAGCGCGCCUACCGGUACUGGCGGCACUACGUGUUCCAGAAGCAGGUAGCUCUCGAUUUCCUCCGCUGCGACACAAUCGAGCUGGAUGAACUGGACAUCCGCGGCGAUUUUGGGGAGCCCACAUUGAACCCCGUUGAGUUCUCGGGCCUGUCAACUGACCUCUUCUUCGCUGUCGAGGCUCAGGCCGAAUCUCUUGUGCGGCUUCGGGUCGUCAAUAACAAUAUUGACUUCACGCUGGCGGAGAUUGGGAGUAUUUUAGUCCAGGCGAAGAACCUCACGCAACUGGGCCUCACCUGCCGCGCAUUCGCAUACCAAGACCGGCUUGGGCACUGGAUCGAGCAGGGUCUAGGAACCCAGAACAACUUCGAAGGCCUCCUCGCCCUCUUCGGACAGAACCGGAACUUUUUUUCCUUCACCAUCUUGCGUACCCACUACAACAUCCUCGACGAAGCCGUCUACGACCGCGACGGCGCCGACCGACUCAUCACCCCCACACGCAGCCACCUCGACUACGAGGCCAUCGUCAAGAAGAUGUCCGAGCAAGGGCUGCCGGUCGAGCACUUCGCCAUCUUCGCCGAGGGAAGGGAGAACGCGUAUGGCAUCUUUCAGACCGAGUGGGACGAGGACGUGUAUACGCAUCAGCUGAGGGAUGUUUUGCUUCAUGGGCAGGGGGUUGUGGAGGGGACGCUUGAGAUGUAUGACGAGUUUGAGGAGGUUAAUGAGAAGUGGAUUGAGAAGAGUGAUGUGGAUAUGCCGAGGCCGGUGGAGGGGCCGCCGGAUCGUAGUCAGAUUUGAAUGGGAGGAGCUUUGAUUUGGGGGUGUUUGGUGGUUGUUAUAGGGGUAUUUAUAUGGAAUCUGCU